AUGGGGCCUAGCGAUGCACGCGGGGGCAAGGCACCCGGCGCAGAGGUGCGCGGCGAAGGUCUUCUUGUGGGAACCCUGGAUGCAGUGUUGGAUUCUACAUCAAAAGUGGCUCCAUUUCGCAUCCUGCAUCAGACACCAGAUUCUCAAGUUUACUGGUCUAUUGCUUGUGGAGCCAGCAGAGAAGAAAUAACAGAACACUGGGACUGGUUAGAACACAAUGUUAUGAAGACUUUAUCUGUAUUUGAUUCAAAUGAAGAUAUUACGAGCUUUGUCCAGGGAAAGAUAAGAGGUUUGAUUGCUGAAGAGGGAAAAGGUUCUUUUGUAAAAGAAGAAGAUCCUGAGAAGUUUCGUGAGGGUCUUAUGAAAUUUGAAAAGUGUUUUGGAUUACCUGAGCAGGAGAAGUUGGUUACCUAUUACUCAUGCAGUUACUGGAGAGGCAGAGUGCCUUGUCAAGGAUGGCUUUAUCUUAGUACCAACUUUCUUAGCUUUUACUCAUUUUUGUUGGGAACAGAAAUAAAACUCAUUAUCUCCUGGGAUGAAAUAUCAAAACUUGAGAAGACUUCCAAUGUGAUCCUGACAGAGAGCAUUCAUGUGUGUUCCCAUGGGGAAGACCACUACUUUUCCAUGUUUUUGCACAUUAAUGAAACGUUCCUUCUCAUGGAGCAGCUGGCGAACUAUGCUGUUAGGAGGCUUUUUGACAAGGAGACGUUUGAAAAUGACCUAGUCCUUCAUGACCCUCUGCAGAUCACCAAGAGAGGCCUGGAGAGCCGAGCCCACAGUGAGCAGUUUAGUGCAUUCUUCAGGCUACCGAAAGAAGAGACUUUGAAGGAAGUUCAUGAGUGCUUCUUAUGGGUUCCUUUCAGUCAUUUCAACACCCAUGGGAAAAUGUGCAUUUCGGAGAACUACAUCUGCUUUGCUAGCCAGGAUGGCAGCUUGUGCAGUGUGAUCAUUCCAUUAAGAGAGGUCACAGGAGUGGAUAAGGCAGAUCCAGCCAACAGGGGAGUCAGCAUUAGUACCAAAGGAAAAACAGCUUUUCGUUUCACUGAGGUUAGAGAUUUUGAACAGCUUGUGGCAAAGCUCAGGAUCAAAUGUGGUGCAACUUCAAGUCCACAACGCAUCAUAAAUACAGAGGUUGUAGCUAGUUCUGCCUCUGACAAUCCAAUGGAUUUUGAUGAGGGAAGGACAAAGAUGGGUCAGAGGAGUAACAGCAAAACCGUCAGUACAGAAGCCCUGAUGACAGUCUACCAUCCUCAGGAUGCUGAGAAUCUAGACUCUAAAAUGUUGAAAGAAAAAAUGAAAGAACAGUCUUGGCACAUCCUCUUUGUUGAACGCGGACAUGGUGUCAGUAUGUUUCGGACAAAGAAGACUCGAGACCUGGUUGUAAGAGGGAUUCCAGAGACCUUAAGAGGAGAGCUCUGGCUACUCUUCUCAGGUGCAGUAAAUGAUAUGGCAUCCAACCCUGGUUAUUACACUGAGUUGGUGGAAAAGUCCUUAGGAACAUGCACGUUAGCUACUGAUGAAAUUGAACGAGAUUUGCGUCGUUCCUUACCUGAGCAUCCUGCUUUUCAAAGUGACACAGGAAUUUCUGCCCUCAGGAGAGUCCUUACAGCUUAUGCCUACAGGAAUCCCCAAAUUGGAUAUUGUCAGGCAAUGAAUAUUUUGACAUCAGUACUUCUGCUGUAUGCUAAAGAGGAGGAAGCGUUCUGGCUGUUGGUUGCUGUCUGUGAAAGAAUGCUACCUGAUUAUUUCAAUCGCCGAAUUAUUGGUGCCUUGGUAGAUCAGGCAGUGUUUGAGGAGCUCAUCAGGGUUCAUCUGCCUCAGUUGACAGAUCACAUGACGGACAUGACUUUUUUCUCCUCGGUCUCUCUCUCCUGGUUCCUUACCCUUUUCAUCAGUGUGCUGCCUAUUGAAAGUGCAGUCAAUGUGGUGGACUGUUUCUUCUAUGAUGGAAUAAAGGCAAUCUUGCAGCUGGGCCUCACAGUGCUGGACUACAACAUUGAAAAGUUGCUGACUUGUAAGGAUGAUGCAGAAGCAGUGACUGUUCUCAACAGGUUUUUUGACAGUGUCACCAACAAAGACAGUCCCUUGCCUCCAACUGUGCAGCAGGGCUCCAACCUCAGCAAUACAAAGAGUGACCACCCGAAAGUGGACAUUACCGAUUUGAUCCGAGAGUCAAAUGAAAGAUACGGCGAUAUUCGAUAUGAGGAUGUUGAGAGCAUGCGCUGCAGGAACAGGCUUUAUGUUAUCCAGACACUAGAAGCUACAACCAAGCAGAAUGUGCUACGUGUUGUGUCCCAGGAUGUAAAAUUCAGUCCUAGUGACCUUGAAGAGCUUUAUGAAUUAUUCAAGAAGGAGCACUUUCUUUCCUGUUAUUGGAACGUAAAUAGUCCUGUCUUGCGACACCAUGAUGCCAGUCUGCCAUACCUUGACCAAUAUCGAAUCGACUGCCAGCAAUUCAGGGUUCUCUAUCAUCUCUUGAGCCCAUGGUCACAUUGUGCAAACAGAGACUCACUUGCGCUGUGGACAUUCAGACUCGUGGAUGAGAACUCUGAUCGCCUUAUAAACUUCAAACAAUUUGCCUCUGUUCUUGAUAUCAUGUAUAAUGGAAGUUUCACUGAGAAACUCAAGCUGCUUUUUAAGUUACACAUCCCUCCAGCUUUUACUGAAGUAGAAUCUCUGAGUCCUUCCAAAGGUGGUGAUCUUUCAAAAGAAGAACUGAUCCACUUCAGCCAGCUCAGUGUUUCACCUACUGUGGAUAGUCUUGAAAGUGACGCUUUGAAGAGCAGCCCAGAAAAAGUAGGGAAGGGGAAGGUUGAUAUUCAGGCAUAUCUGAAGCAGUGGCAAGAUGAACUUAUUAAAAAAGAAGAAAAUAUUAAGGAUUUGCCAAGGAUGAAUCAGGUUGAUCCACCAAGAUUAGUCAGAGUGGCCACGUGUCCAGUCCCAGCAGGGCAGAAGUUGGAGAAAGGUUGCUUUCAGCAGGCUGCCAGGACUUGAGCAACUGCCUAAACGGCAAGUUCUUGCUUCUUGGAGCCCAUGGAUUGUGGUCUGAUCCCCUGGGGAGAUCUUGAUGUAGUAAAUCCUGGCUGUAGCCAAGGACUGUAACCCGCAGGUGUGUGUGCUGGGCUGCUGCUCUGGUUUGUUGUAAUGUACUGAAGUUGAGGGACACUCUUGCUUUGCAUGGGGGCAGAAUAACUCCAGAACGAGUGUCUAGCUCACUUUCCUACCCUUUCUGUGGUGGAGACAGCUUGGCUAACAAAUGCAUGCAGGCUCAUUUGGGAAGAAGGGGGCUAAAGCAAUAGGAGAUCUUUCCCUGUUUUGAGCCCCAAAGGGGUAUGCCUCGACUUUAUCACUCUUCUUUCAGGCCCUGCGGGGUUAGGGGCAGAGAGCUCUGUGCCUUAUGGCUAUCUGAAGUUCUCAGUGAUGCAGAGAUGAACCCCAAUUCACAUCCUAUUGCAUAAGGAGACUGUGGGUGAGCACGUCUGUUGCGGGAGGUCAGCUACUGCAUGUAGCUUGGAAUUAAGCAGAAGUGCCAGCAAGGGUUUGGGUGGCUGUUACUCAGCUCCUUCCUAAGGAGGGGCUUUCCGCUGAAAUUGUAACUUGAAGAUUUUAGAAAUGGUUUUGGGAUUCAGGAGGGCUCAUUCUCCAAUAGGGAGCAGUGUGGUUAAAUGAGUAUUGAUGUAUCAUUCCACUUAUCUGUGUAUGUUACUUCUUUCUGUUACAAGAAAACAUGCUGGUUUGAAGUGCAGGAGGACAUGCUGAGCAGAGUGAGGAAGCUGGGAGGAAUCUUUUGAUGAAAAGGAUUUCUUUGGCAAACCAAAAAGUAGGAGACAAAGCUUUCAUAAAUUUAUCUAGCUUUUUGUGGGGGGGUUCAGUCAUAGGAAAUAAAUAAAUGUAUUAUCAUCAGUACAAAACUGAUAGUUAUAGCUAGGAUACAGAUUGCUGACACUAGUGAUGCUGUUUAUACAUUUUUUUUAAAUUGCACUACUUGCUGCAGUGUUGCCAAUGUGACUGGGCAGCUAUGCCGUGACUGUUUUGUCCUGAAACAUUCUCAGUGGCUGUUGGUGUAAACUACACAGUCCUUUCUUGUGCCUAGGCCAUUAUUAUUGUUGUUACGCACAUAAAAUGCAUUUUUUUCAACCCAAUCAUUAGUCCAUGGGAAUGACCAGCAGAGCUGCAGUGUUCCCUCAUGCUUGCAAUAGAGAAAGUGCUGCUCAAAGGGACUGUCGCUAUUCCCCGAGCCCCAGCUGGACGGUGGCAGCACUGACCGCCAUCAGGAGCUGGCUGCUGCCUCCCUUUGUCUGUGCUGUUCAGCAGUGUCUCCACGGAGUCACGCCAAAGGGCUUGAACACAACGUGAGGGAACAGCGCAGCUAAUAACAAUGAAAAUACAAGCCCUUUCCACCGCGGAGAGGGCACUGUUUAUAAUGCAAUCGGAAGCAUUUCCUGGGCCUUGCAAUUGAUGGUCUGGGCCAUGUGGUUCAGCAAAAGCAAAAGCACUCUGUUCCAAGCCGUUCCUAAGACAAGCCACUUGUUCAUCACUCCAAUGGCUGUCUAAGAACGUACACAAUUUUUUAGAAGAGUUUGCUACGUGUUGAUUCAAUUAAAAGUUUCUCAUCCGGUUGUACUAUACAAAAUUCUUGUAUGUGAUUGCAGUUGUUAUCGAGAUUAAAACAAAUUAAAUAUUCCAAUUUGUUUCCAGAAAAAUCAGAUACUUUGUCUUUUUUUGCUAGUUUUGUCACUUUACUAAGAAGGCAACAUAUUUGUGUUGGCAGGUUGGCUUUUUAAAACAAUGUAUUGUAUGCAGUUGAAGUACUGUAAGACAAAUGGGGUGUUAAAUAAAAAUUUGUUUCACUUGAGAAAAAAAAUCCAUCUGUGAGGCACUAUUCUUUCUUUGUCAUUUCACUGUCAAGGAGGGGAUUUUUCAAAAUGUUAAAGCCUCUUUUAGUCGGUCCUUUCCAAAGGAAGGUCCAAACCAUUUAAAAACAUUCUAGGACUUCAGUUUCCCCAAAAGUGGAGGGGAAAUGAAAUUAAGAAAAGGAGACCUAAAUUUUGAAGCCUGGGACUAACUUAGCCUUGCAUACAACGUGACUCAAGUGCUGAGACGGCCCAGGAAGAGUAGCAUAACUCAAGCUGGUUUUUGUAACCAAGUUAAAACAUUUAUAGUGUGCAGACAUAGCUACACUGCCUCUGAGGCCUUGUUCUUCCUGAUUUGUGUGGUUCCCCCUCUUGUUUCUGAUGCUGGUCAUGGAAGUCCCAGGCUCGAACUUGAGCCCCACCAUCCCCUCCCCUGUUUCUUAAUACACAUUUAUAUGAGAUGGCUGCUGCUUUGGUACCUCCUAGAGAGCCAGGAGCCGAUUCUGAUCCCCGGACUGACUCUCACGGUCCAGUGAAAAAACAGCACAGAUAGUGUUAGAGGUUUUAUAAGUAUGCUUUUAUUUUUAUGUAUUUUAUUUUAUUUUAUUGGAAAAUACUAUGUACAAUCUGUUUAAAGCUUGUCAAAAUGCACAGGCUCCCAUCCAAUGGAGCUGUGCAGGGACAUAGAUUCAAGACAAUAAAAUCUUAACUGUUCAUCUUCAUAAGACACUUCCUUUUCCCAUUACAAAAUACUUUUAAGAAUAGUAACAUUUAUAAAUGUAUCUGUAUUUGACAUCAUAUAAAAUAAACCAAGAUUCAUAGUCAAUUCUAAGGUUUUUCUUUUUUUUUUUUUACAUUAAUUAUGUUACAAUAUGUACAGUAACUUUUCACUGUGUUUGUCAAACCAGCCUGAUUACAUCCACCAGGCUUUAGCUUAUAUGUACAAAUACGCUAAAAGUGCAAGACUUUAAUAAAGCUGCCUGUGUUUUCAGA